UAACGUUCAAAGCGUCAGUGAAGCGCGUCACAUCCUUCUCAGCUCUCACAACCCAAUUUUCUUACAACAAAAAGCCAUUUCCCUUUCCCUCUGCAACGUCCUCUUCUCCAUUGCUCUCUCUCUCUCUCUCUCUCUCUCUCUCUCUCUUCAAUCUUUUUCCUUAUCUCACCCUUUUCUCAGCAAUUUGUUUUGCUUCCCUCACUUUCCAGAGAAAACAUAACAGAAAAUUCAGAACCCAAAAUGCUGUCUGGACUAAACGGCACGGUCUGGAUGGGAGAGAAAGAAGCACAAGACUCCACCGCAAACAACAACAUUAACAAUGGCUGUGAUGUGAUAGAGAGCAAGCAAGAGAUGGGUUCGCUUUCUACUUUCAAAUCCAUGCUCGAAGUAGAAGACGACUGGUACGUCACUAAUACUAGUAUCCACAAUCAUCAAGAUACCAUCAGAGACAUCACAUUUUCACCAAAUCUUGCUGACCCAGAUAAUCUCUUGCUUCACUCUGUGGAUUCCUCCUCUUCUUGCUCUCCAACUUCCUCUAUUUUCAAUAAUCUGGACCCAUCUCAGGUGCACCACUUUAUGCACUCGAAGCCUACCUUAUCUUCUCUCCUUAACGUAGUCUCUAAUAACCCUUUAGAGCAUGGCUUUGAUUUGGGCGAAAUUGGGUUCCUCGAGAACCAGGCAACUACUACUACAACUACAAACGCUGCUGGGGUCUUAGCCAACUACAUAGGUUUUAGCUCAAAUAAUCAAAUUAACACUUCUAAUUUAUGCUCUGAUCCACCCUUUUCAACUACCCGCAUGCUCCAAUUGCCACAAAAUGGUCCGGACUUUACAGGGUUUAGGGGUUUUGAUGAGAGCUCAGGGAAUACGCUGUUUUCAAGUAGGUCCAAGUUGUUGAGACCUCUUGAAACUUUCCCUUCAAUAGGUGCACAGCCUACUUUGUUUCAAAAGAGAGCAGCUUUGAGGAAGAACUUGGGGGCUUUAAGUGGGAUUGAGAUUGACAAAGGGAAAAGAGAAAUGACUCAGUUUGGCGGAGAGAAUGAGAAGAAGAGAAAACUGGGUAACGUAGAUGACGUUCUGGAGGAUGUAAGCAUUGAUGGUUCGGGUUUGAAUUAUGAUUCUGAUGAGUUGACGGAGAAUACUAAAAUGGAGGAGAUUGGUAAAAAUGGAGGAAAUAGCUCAAAUGCAAAUAGCAGUAUCACUGGCUGUGGUGUUGGUGUUGGGGAUCAGAAGGGGAAGAAGAAAGGGCUUCCUGCUAAGAAUUUGAUGGCAGAAAGGAGACGACGGAAGAAGCUCAAUGAUAGACUAUACAUGCUAAGGUCUGUAGUUCCAAAGAUAAGCAAGAUGGACAGGGCAUCAAUCCUUGGGGAUGCAAUUGAGUACUUGAAGGAACUUCUGCAGAGGAUCAACGACCUCCAUAAUGAAUUGGAGUCAACUCCUCCUGGCUCUUCUUUGACGCCCACAAGCUUUCACCCUUUGACACCUACUCCAUCAACCCUGCCCAGCCAUAUCAAGGAUAAACUAUGCCCCAGCUCAUUGCCAAGCCCAAAUGGUCAACCAGCAAGGGUUGAAGUGAGAGUGAGAGAAGGAAGAGCUGUAAACAUUCAUAUGUUUUGUGGACGAAGACCAGGUGUAUUGCUUUCCACCAUGAGGGCCUUGGACAACCUCGGCCUAGACAUCCAGCAAGCUGUCAUCAGUUGUUUCAACGGUUUUGCCAUGGAUAUCUUCCAAGCUGAGCAAAUCAAAGGGCAAGAUGUGCAUCCUGAAGAAAUCAAAGCAAUACUCCUGGACUCUGCAGGCUUCCAUGGGAUGAUAUAGUGGUCUUACUGAAUUUGGAGCUGAUAUUUUAUUCGACAGAGAGAGAGGUCAUGCAGUAGUUGCCUUCUUUCUCAUGCCAAGAGGACUGCUGUAAUACCAACUAAAUAUAGCAGUUUGUGGCCGAGAAUUCAUUGGAAAAAUCAGAAUUCUGCAAUUUCUGUGUUUUAAUCUUAUAAAUGAAAUGCUCUUAUUCCUGUUGAUUGGUAAUGGCCCAAUUAGCACGAAUAUCAUUCAUCUUAUUAACGGACGAUCCAAUACUAUGAAAACAAAUCAAGUAAGAAGAAUACUUGACAAAGGGUAAGAGUAGGCAAGAACGCAUUCAAAGUUGAUCGUACUUACCCACUUCUAACUAAAAUUUUGAUAGAGACCGUCACAAGAAUUUUAGGAGAAAAACAUUGAAUCCGAAAUAAUUUCAAAUGAAUUGUUGGAAAAUUAUAUAAAAAUUUAACUUGUUUGGCAACAAAAUUUUUUCAGCUAAAAAAUAAAUUCUUCGAUUCUAAAC